AUGAAUAACUCGCCUGCCCAUCAUCGACAACAACAAGCAGUUGACUGGCCGGCGGCAGAGGUACAACACAACAACAACAACAACGUUGACCCAGUACUUGUCUUAGGCCGAUCCUACGACUGCGUGUUCUGCAAGCGAGGCUUCAACACGGCCCAAGCUCUGGGCGGUCACAUGAACAUUCAUCGGAAGAACAAGGACAGGCCCGCCGCCAGACAUAGUGGGAACCACACUUUUUCCGACAAGAUUAACAGUACAGACAUUGUUAGAGGUGGCGAUCAAAAAAACAGCUCCCCCGGAUCCUCAACCUGCCCUGCGCCAUCACCUCUUAGAGGUAAUCCCUCUCCAUCCGCAGUUUUAACUAAUUAUAACGAUGACCCACAACGAUACUGUCGUGAUUUCUUCGGAGAUGACGAUGAUGUGGGUUGGUUGAAACUCGGGAGGGCGGCGCAUGUACGACGAGACAUACAAGAGAGGGGUCAACUCCAAAAUUAUCCACAUGAGGCGAACUUGGAUCUGGAGCUUCGACUUGGAUCACAUGAUUGA